CACACUAAGCAAUACAGUAAGUCCACGAAAAAGCAUCCAAAAAGGCCCAAAAGGAACCACCUUUAUUAAAUUCCCAAUCUUCUUCCACUAUUUUGCACAAUCUUUAUUCGAUCGAACCAAUAAAUUUUGCAUUUUUUUCUUUGGCAAAUGAGAGAUUAGAGAGAAACAGAAGAAAAGAUUAUCUCUUUUGAUUUUAAUUUAAGAGAAGAGAGAUCUUCUCUGCUUCUUCGUGUCUCUCUUACGGAUUCUCGAUUGCUCUCAAGAACCCAAGUGACGUCUGGUUUCAGCUGAUUUGUUUCUUCUCUCUCUCUCUCUCUUUGAUCUAUCAAAAGCUGCUACGAGUUUUGGGAUGUGGUGAGAUGCUUGUUUUAUCUCGAAGACUCCGCCGGUUGUUGAUUUUAAACAAACUCUCUCACAAAUCUUUUCGAUCAUGGAUUUUAAUGAGAUCUCGUUGAUCUUUCGAGAGCAUUUACCACUAUUGGAACUCUCUUCGGUCUUCAUCAACCUCAUACUUUUUCUGGUGUUUCUAUUUGCUGUCUCUGCGAGGCAGAUUCUCGUCUGCGUGAGAAGAGGCAGAGAUAGAAUCUCUAAGGACGAUACGGUUUCAGCUUCUAAUGUUAGCUUGGAAAGAGAGGCUAACCAUGUUAGUGUUGGGUUUGGGUUUAAACUGUCUUUGCUCUGUUGCUUAUAUGUGUUAGGCGUGCAAGUUUUGGUGUUAGGUUUCGAUGGGAUUAAGGUUAUAAGAGAAGUCAGUGACUGGUUUGUUCUCUGCUUUCCAGCUGCUCAGAGUUUAGCUUGGUUUGUCCUUAGCUUUUUAGUUCUUCAUUUGAAAUACAAGUCUUCAGAGAAGCUACCCUUCUUGGUGAGGAUAUGGUGGUUCUUGUCGUUUUCGAUUUGUCUGUGUACUAUGUAUGUGGAUGGAAGAAGGUUAGCCAUUGAAGGUUGGAGCGGAUGUUCUUCUCAUGUUGUCGCCAAUUUAGCUGUUACACCUGCUCUUGGGUUUCUUUGCUUUGUGGCGUUGAGAGGCGUUUCUGGUAUUCAAGUUACCCGAAGCUCUUCUGAUCUUCAAGAGCCUUUGCUUGUUGAAGAAGAGGCAGCUUGUCUUAAAGUUACCCCAUAUAGUACUGCUGGACUACUUAGCCUAGUUACGCUUUCAUGGUUGGAUCCACUUCUCUCGGCCGGUUCAAAAAGACCGCUUGAGCUUAAAGAUAUACCGCUUCUUGCUCCAAGAGAUAGAGCCAAAUCAAGUUACAAGGUCUUGAAGUCGAAUUGGAAGAGGUCAAAAUCCGAGAAUCCUUCAAAGCCUCCUUCUUUAGCUCGUGCAAUUCUGAAAUCCUUUUGGAAAGAAGCAGCUUGCAAUGCGGUCUUUGCUGGGUUGAAUACUCUUGUGUCCUAUGUCGGUCCUUACUUGAUCAGCUACUUUGUUGAUUAUCUUGGAGGGAAGGAGAUUUUCCCUCAUGAAGGAUAUGUUCUCGCUGGUAUAUUCUUUACUUCCAAGCUUAUAGAGACAGUCACCACCCGCCAAUGGUAUAUGGGUGUUGAUAUCUUAGGGAUGCAUGUAAGAUCAGCUCUUACAGCGAUGGUAUACCGAAAAGGUCUCAAACUUUCGAGUAUAGCCAAGCAGAACCACACGAGCGGUGAAAUUGUAAACUACAUGGCAGUCGAUGUCCAGCGCAUAGGAGAUUACUCAUGGUAUCUUCAUGAUAUUUGGAUGCUUCCUAUGCAAAUAGUUCUUGCUCUUGCAAUCCUAUAUAAAAGCGUGGGGAUAGCUUCUGUAGCUACAUUGGUUGCUACAAUAAUCUCGAUUCUUGUCACGAUUCCAUUGGCUAAGGUCCAGGAAGACUAUCAAGAUAAGUUGAUGACUGCAAAAGAUGAAAGAAUGAGGAAAACCUCAGAGUGUCUUAGGAACAUGAGAGUUCUGAAAUUGCAGGCAUGGGAAGAUCGUUAUAGAGUGAGAUUGGAAGAAAUGAGGGAAGAGGAGUAUGGUUGGCUUCGCAAAGCCUUAUAUUCCCAGGCUUUUGUUACUUUCAUCUUUUGGAGUUCCCCGAUCUUUGUCGCCGCAGUUACAUUCGCUACUUCGAUAUUCCUAGGCACUCAACUUACCGCUGGAGGUGUUCUUUCUGCUCUGGCGACAUUCAGAAUCCUUCAGGAGCCACUUCGGAACUUUCCUGAUCUGGUAUCAAUGAUGGCUCAGACAAAGGUUUCUCUUGAUAGGAUUUCCGGGUUCUUGCAGGAGGAAGAGCUUCAGGAAGAUGCAACUAUUGUAAUUCCGCGGGGACUUUCGAAUAUAGCCAUAGAGAUUAAAGAUGGUGUGUUUUGUUGGGACCCUUUUUCUUCAAGGCCGACAUUAUUAGGGAUUCAGAUGAAAGUGGAGAAGGGUAUGCGUGUGGCUGUCUGUGGCACAGUUGGCUCUGGAAAAUCAAGUUUUAUCUCUUGCAUCCUCGGGGAAAUCCCAAAAAUCUCUGGUGAAGUUAGAAUAUGUGGUACUACUGGUUAUGUGUCUCAAUCGGCUUGGAUUCAGUCUGGUAACAUUGAAGAAAACAUUCUGUUUGGCAGUCCAAUGGAGAAAACAAAGUACAAGAAUGUGAUACAAGCAUGUUCCCUAAAGAAAGAUUUAGAGCUUUUCUCACAUGGGGACCAAACGAUUAUCGGAGAGAGAGGUAUAAAUCUCAGUGGUGGCCAGAAACAGCGUGUCCAACUUGCAAGGGCAUUAUAUCAAGAUGCUGACAUUUAUUUACUAGACGACCCUUUUAGUGCUCUUGAUGCACACACUGGCUCUGAUUUGUUUAGGGAUUAUAUUCUAUCUGCAUUGGCUGAGAAAACUGUGGUUUUUGUGACGCAUCAAGUUGAGUUUCUCCCUGCAGCUGAUCUAAUAUUGGUUCUGAAGGAAGGCAGGAUUAUUCAAUCGGGUAAAUAUGAUGAUCUGCUACAAGCAGGUACUGAUUUUAAGGCCUUAGUGUCUGCCCACCAUGAAGCAAUCGAGGCCAUGGACAUCCCAAGUCCGUCCUCAGAAGACUCUGAUGAAAAUCCUAUUCGCGAUAUUUUGGUCUUGCAUAAUCCAAAGUCAGAUGUUUUUGAAAAUGACAUUGAGACUUUGGCAAAGGAAGUACAAGAGGGAGGAUCUGCUUCAGAUCUAAAGGCAAUCAAAGAGAAGAAGAAGAAAGCUAAGCGCUCCCGCAAAAAGCAGCUUGUUCAAGAAGAGGAACGAGUAAAGGGAAAAGUCAGCAUGAAGGUGUACUUGUCAUACAUGGGUGCUGCAUAUAAAGGGCUUCUGAUUCCUCUUAUUAUACUCGCACAAGCUUCUUUCCAAUUUCUUCAGAUUGCUAGUAAUUGGUGGAUGGCUUGGGCGAAUCCUCAAACUGAAGGUGACCAGUCUAAAGUGGAUCCUACACUGCUUCUCAUCGUAUAUACGGCUUUAGCUUUUGGGAGCUCUGUGUUCAUCUUUGUUCGAGCCGCUCUGGUUGCAACUUUCGGUCUUGCAGCUGCACAGAAACUGUUCUUGAAUAUGCUCAGAAGUGUGUUCCGAGCGCCAAUGUCAUUCUUUGAUUCCACUCCUGCAGGAAGAAUUUUGAAUCGGGUUUCUAUUGAUCAAAGUGUUGUGGAUCUUGACAUUCCUUUUAGACUCGGUGGGUUUGCUUCAACAACGAUACAACUCUUUGGGAUUGUCGCUGUAAUGACCAAUGUUACCUGGCAAGUUUUCCUUCUUGUUGUUCCGGUAGCUGUUGCUUGCUUUUGGAUGCAGAAAUAUUACAUGGCUUCUUCAAGAGAACUGGUUCGGAUUGUUAGUAUCCAGAAGUCUCCAAUAAUUCAUCUUUUUGGAGAAUCAAUCGCUGGUGCUGCCACAAUAAGAGGAUUUGGCCAGGAAAAAAGAUUUAUCAAAAGGAAUCUUUAUCUUCUCGAUUGUUUUGUUCGACCUUUCUUCUGCAGUAUCGCUGCUAUCGAAUGGCUUUGUUUACGCAUGGAAUUACUUUCCACACUUGUAUUUGCUUUCUGUAUGGUUUUACUUGUCAGUUUUCCACAUGGAACCAUUGAUCCAAGCAUGGCAGGUCUUGCUGUGACAUAUGGGCUUAACUUGAAUGGACGUCUAUCACGAUGGAUACUUAGCUUUUGUAAGCUUGAAAACAAAAUAAUCUCAAUCGAAAGGAUUUAUCAGUACAGUCAGAUUGUAGGAGAGGCCCCAGCAAUUAUCGAAGAUUUCCGCCCGCCUUCCUCGUGGCCUGAAACGGGAACAAUUGAGCUACUUGAUGUUAAGGUUCGUUAUGCUGAGAAUCUUCCAACAGUACUCCAUGGGGUAAGCUGUGUGUUUCCUGGUGGAAAAAAGAUUGGAAUUGUUGGGCGAACGGGAAGCGGAAAGUCAACUUUGAUUCAAGCUUUGUUUCGAUUGAUUGAGCCAACUGCUGGAAAAAUUACUAUAGACAACAUUGACAUUUCUCAAAUUGGUCUUCAUGAUCUCCGUAGUCGCCUUGGUAUUAUACCUCAAGAUCCUACAUUAUUUGAAGGAACAAUCCGAGCAAAUCUUGACCCCCUUGAAGAACAUUCAGAUGAUAAAAUCUGGGAGGCCCUCGAUAAAUCCCAGCUUGGAGACGUUGUUAGAGGAAAAGACCUAAAACUUGACUCUCCAGUGCUGGAAAAUGGAGAUAACUGGAGUGUUGGGCAGAGACAGCUUGUGUCACUAGGACGAGCAUUACUGAAACAAGCAAAAAUACUUGUUCUUGAUGAAGCAACAGCAUCGGUUGACACAGCAACGGACAAUCUGAUCCAGAAGAUAAUCAGAACCGAGUUUGAAGACUGCACGGUCUGCACCAUUGCUCACCGGAUACCAACUGUUAUCGACAGUGACCUAGUUUUGGUUCUCAGCGACGGUAGAGUAGCAGAGUUUGAUACUCCUGCACGACUUUUAGAAGACAAAUCAUCAAUGUUCUUGAAACUGGUAACAGAAUACUCUUCAAGAUCUACUGGAAUCCCUGAAUUAUGAUCAUCCAUGUUAAAAUUCAGUUUAGUGGGGGUUUCUCAAGAGGAUAUAUAAAAGAACUGAAAUGUGACAAAAGCUUAAGGUCUAAGUAAGAGAGAGUUUUCCACAGGGUUAACGAAAAGAAAAAGCAUGAAAGGAUGCAAAAUCUCCACGCUUGGGUUUAAAUCUCUUCUUUCGAACAUUGGGAGAAACCUUUUUUGUAUGGAACAGUUAGCUUCUUUGGUUUUCAUGUUAUCAAAUAAUCUGCAAAAACAAAGAAAGAUUAGAGAAUAGUAACUAAUAAAAUCCAUCGUUCGUUAUCA